AUGCUCCUUUAGUCACGUUUGCUCUGCAGUAUACCGUGUCAAAGCCAGCACAGUGCAGCAAUUGGCGACGCAUACACAGCAAUGGUCACAUUUGAAAGACCAUGGGCACGCAUCGCUGUGUGGUGUCUGUUGCUUGCUCUGCUGACGUCGAAAUGCGUAGCCAUCGCGCAAAGUGAGCAAUGUGGAUGCCAGGCUAAUAUUACUCUGCAUAUAUCUGAGGAAGGACGCUGCACCUGGCGUGAUAUGCGCACGAUACUGGAGGAGAACGCCGAGCUGAAGGUCAGAGUAGCAAGGCUAGAAAUGAACCUGGAAAUUGCCCAGGCUCAACUGGUCGAGUUACAAAAAGAUGAUGAAUAUCCUACUAUUGAGAUUGAUGGCGCUCGCUGGAGGUCGUUCUGGUGGUACACGGCCAAUGCAUGGCCCACGGAUGUUCUGCAAGUGGAGUAUGGUAGCUGCAAGGCGAGCGAUAGGUUCUGCUUCGGUCGAUUGCCACCUAGGCUACUUGAAGCGGAAACGGAAAUACUGGCUGCUGAUUCUUCUGGAAACAUGUACAGAUGGCAGUUUGAUGUGAACAACCCGACAGCUCACGCCGCCUGGCGAGCAUUUCAUGACCACGAGGAAGUUAAAGUUACGAACGACCAAGCAUGGAACCCCGUGGUUAUUUCAGGAACAGCCCCAAAAGCAGUGCAGGAUUCGUUCAUGUAUCGCAAGCAGAACGGGGUGGCAUCACUUAUACUUGACGACGAUAACUGUGACUGUCUAUCCACCAUCAAUAUCGGCCAUGGACUCUGCCUAGAUGCAUUCAGCACGAAAUACGCACAGGCCAAUGUGUAUGGAGUCGAUCACCUAUAUGAUACGGCAUGCCAGCCACCAUUGCCAGGCAACCAACUGUUCAUGUACUUCAAAGAACAAUCCACCGAUGUGAGUAAAUGAUCACACAGCAAUGACGUUAUCAUGGAGAUCACGCGCACGAGGGAAUUACGGCGAAUCGUCCGAUUUGACUACGCUGCGGUGAUUGUCAUGCCAAUAUCGAGACUGCAAUAGUUUGUGGCCGUGAACACGCGCUGUCACAGUUUGUCAGUUCUACGUUCUCAACUGACAAUUAUUUACACAGAAUGUACGUACCACCCACACCCACACACACACACACACACACACACACACACACACACACA